AUGAUUUAAUCUGAAAAUAAUAAAACCAUCAUUAUGACAUAAUCUAUUUUGGAUGAUUCAGCUGACUUUUGGAUUUAAAGACCUUAAGUAUUGUUGCAAUUUCAGUUUUCAGAUAAUCUCUAAGUUGUUAAUCGAAAUAGGUUAAUGCUGAAAACAUUGUUUCUUGGAGGACAUUAUAUAAAAUACAGUGAAGACGUAAAAAAUAAACAUAUAUAUGAAAGAAAUAUCUUGAUAUAAGAAAUGUGUUUCUUGAAAUUGUUUACCAUCCUAGAACAUAAUAAACAGGAUUUAGAUUAAGCAAGAAUGGAGAAAAACUGGAUGUGUAUGGUGAAGUACACAGUUGGGUGGAGGUGCUUAAAAAAUAUGCUAUACAAUUCAAUUUAUAAUAAAAAUAUAAAAUAAUAAAGAAAAUAGGAGAAGGCAGCAUAUUUCAAGUAAUACAAUUGUUCAAUUUCAAAGGUAUUCAAAAUAAAAAACAAAAUUACAGGGUGUUUAUACGCAGUCAGAAUUUACGAUAAAGUUAAACUUCAUAGCUCUAAUUAUCUCCUUGAUUUAAUAAAAAAAUAAGUAACAAUGUUGAGAUAAGUGGAUCAUAAAAAUUUAAUUAAAUUAUUUGAGAUCUUUGAAAGUUCAAAUCAUCUUUACUUAAUAUAAGAACUAUUGGAAGGAGGCACUUUAGAUUCCAAAAUUUCUCAAACUAACUUUAAUUAAGAGUAAAUUAUUUUUAUAGUUAAAUAAACAUUAAAUGGUUUAGAAGAAUUGCAUAAAAAAGGGUUUAUUCAUGGAGAUGUAACGUUAAAAUCAAUUGCUUUUAAGAAUUUAUAAGAGCUUGAUUCUUUAUGUCUUAUUCAUUAUUCAAAAGUUUUGUUAAUCAAUUUAGCUAGAAAUAAUAAUAAAAGACUUAGCUAGAGAACUUCCUUAAAAAAAGAUAAAAAUUAAAUUUCUGAUUUAUAAUAAUUAGGAAUUAUUUUGAUCAAAUUAUUAACUGGAUAUUAAUUCCAUUAAUACAAUAUACCCAGCUCUAUGGAUGAUAUAAAAAGCAUAUUAAAUUUUUAAAAGGUAGGUAAAGAAUUAGAGCUAUUACUUUAAUAAUUAUUGCUUACAGAUUUUGAAACUUAAAUAAGUGAAACAAACACUCCACUUGAACUCUUAAAAAAUAAAAUUUUUAAAAAAUCAUUGGAACCAAAGAACUUUGUUUUAAAAUAUUAAGCUCUUAAUGAAUAAUUAGAAAGACCAAGUUUAAAACCUUAGGAUGAAGAUUCAUUAGAGAUAAAGUCAAGAGUAAAUACAUUACCAUUUAUUGAAAAGAGACAAAGUAAUUCAAGAAGUUUAUCGAAAAGAAAACCGUAGGUAGCACCUAUUAGACUGUCAAAAUAGAAUAAAUUUGAUAAAAUUGUUAAACCUCCUUCGCAAUCCUCUGAAAAAAGAUAAAGUAAUUUAUAUCAAUUACCCAGAAUGAGUAUUCUACCUAAAUUGAAAUAAAAAAUCCAAUGA